CACUCAAAAUUCGACCCGUCAGCGAGAGAAGAGUCAAAACGUAUAGAGAGUUUCGACUUUUCGCAGAUGCAGCCAACGAAAUUUGCCUUCAUUUUCCAAGAUUGACCAACUGGCAGUACACAUUUUCACAAGAAGACGCCAAAAUCGCCGAAUGUGCACCAACGAGUGAAAUGUUGAUGAACACCGAGGGUAAAGCCAAGUAGAAAUUUUUACUAAUCGUGCACCCUGUAGCAGAAGUGCAUUCAAGGAGGAUGUCAAAUUCAUGGCCAGGGGGCACGACGGCCAGCGAGCAGGCCAUCAAAUUGCUGCAGCAGCUUGAGAACGACUUGAGAAAUUUGUCAAUUGAACUUAAGAAGAAAUAUCCCAAUCCACGAGAGUCCUGCGAGGAGGGAAUCGUGAAGCUUCGCAAUGCAAUGUCCAAUCCGCAGACACCGGUGACCUACGUGGUCAACCAGAUAAUUUUCCCCGUGCAAGAGGCAUGCAAGACCAAGGACCCGCGAAUUGUGCGUCUGGGCGUCGGCGUCAUCCAGAGACUGGUGACCCAGCAGGUCGUCGACCUCAAGUGCGCCGCCCACAUUACAGACACCCUUUGGGGACUGAUGGAGGCGGGGGUGGAGGAGGUCAAGGUGUUGCAAACGGUCACUCUAUUGCUCACAACAAACUCUGUCGUUCACGGAGACACUCUAGCCCGGAAUUUGGUCCUUUGUUUCCGGCUGCAUUUUGCAAAAGACUCGACCACAAUCAACACAGCUGGAGCAACAGUUCGGCAGUUGAUUUCACUUGUGUUUGAACGAGUGGUCGCUGAAGACAACGAAUUUAAACCUGUGGCCAAUCAGCAGGCCAACAUUGAAGAGCUCAAAGUUCUCAGCAGCUCGCCACCAAAGGGGUUGAGGCCUUGUGCUGCUGACGCCUAUUUGAUGUUCCAGGAUCUCGUCCAGCUUGUGAAUGCAGAUCAGCCUUAUUGGUUGAUUGGCAUGACUGAAAUGACCCGGACCUUCGGUCUUGAACUCCUCGAAUCGGUUCUUUUCCAGUAUUCAUCUGUAUUUUUUGACCACCAUGAAUUCAGUUUUCUGCUGAAGGAAAGAGUUUGCGCUUUGGUGAUCAAACUCUUCUCGCCCAACAUCAAAUACCGAAACUCUGUUCCUGCAAGUGUACAACAGGCGUCGUCCCUCGACAAGCCGUACUUUCCAAUCAGCAUGAGGUUGCUCAGGGUCGUUUCAAUCCUAAUUCAAAAGUAUCACUGCUUAUUGGUGACUGAAUGUGAGAUUUUCCUUUCGCUGAUCGUCAAAUUCCUGGACCCGGACAAGCCGUGUUGGCAACGCUCGCUGGCUCUAGAAGUUCUGCACAAGCUUUGCAUCCAGCCAGUGCUGCUCGAGUCCUUCUGCGAGUGCUACGACCUUAAGGCACAUGCCACCAAAAUCUUCAGGGACAUUGUCAACUCUCUAGGGGCCUUCGUGCAGUCCCUCUUCGUCCACCCGCAGCUCAACCCGGCACCAAAAACGGCUCUCGAGCAGUCGCCUGCACUUUUAGCAGGGAUGCCUGUUGGCCCGGGAGUCACUCCGCAGCCAGGAUUUUACCUCAGAGGCGUUUGGCUUCCUCUGGCAGCCACUUUUGUCCCUGGCCAGGCCAAAUCCUCCUAUUUAGAAAUGUUGGACCGAAUUGAGCCACCGAGCAUUCCUGAGGGCUACGGCAUCUCUGUUGCUUAUGCUGCCCUUCUCGAUACAAUCCGUUCCAUAUCCUUGGCCAUCAACGGACCGUCAAAGGUCGAGAACAGUGACGAAGAUAAGCAGCCAGGCACUGAAGAGGUGACCAAAAACAAGGCUGUGCAUGCCCAGUUGGUCAAUUCGAGUUGGUGUGGCCUCUUGGCAGCUCUUAGUCCUCUUCUAGAAGCAAGUACGGACGAGAUCAUCAUGGAGAAUGUCUUGCAGUCGAUGCAGACGUUCAGCAGCUUGUGUGGCCAGCUGGAAAUUAAUACUGCCAGGGACGCUUUCAUCACUGCAAUUUGCAAGGCGUCACUUCCACCGCACUAUGCUCUGAGCAUGCUGAACAUCAUAACACCCUCUUUAAAUAGAAGUCAUGGUCAUGAUGGGCACGAUUCAAUGCAAUACAACCUGAAUGCCUUUGGAGAAAAUGACUUCCGGCAGCAAGUGGUUGCCGUCGGCACCCCUUUACCUUCAGUUUCGUGGCCCGCAGGGGCGCAGCAAGGCCCAGUUAUGCUCACCUCGAAAAACCUUCAGUGCAUGAGGGCCCUGCUGAGUUUAGCCCAUUGUCACGGCUCCAUCCUCGGCUCUUCGUGGUAUCUGAUUCUGACCACCCUCCAGCACCUAGUGUGGAUUUUGGGACUGAAACCAUCAACCGGAGGCAGUUUGAAGGCAGGUCGAAGUACGACAGAUUCAAACGCUGUCAUAACCACGGCUGUAAUGGCCGACUUGCCGGUUCUUUCGGCCAUGCUGAGCAGAUUAUUCGAGUCGAGUCAGUAUUUGGAUGAGGUUGCACUUCAUCAUCUAGUUGACGCUCUGUGCAAACUGUCCAGAGAAGCUAUGGAACUUGCCUACUCUAACAGGGAGCCUUCACUUUUUGCUGUGGCCAAACUGCUUGAAACGGGGUUGGUGAAUCUGCCCAGGGUGGAGGUUUUGUGGCGGCCGUUGACAAACCACCUGCUCGAAGUUUGCCACCACCCUCACAUCAGAAUGAGGGAAUGGGGGGUGGAGGCGGUCACUUACUUAGUAAAGGCUGCUCUCCAACACAAAUACAAACCUCCUUUGAAGGACAAUAAGAAACUACAAACAUUACUGUUGAGCCCUUUGGCCGAACUUUCUGCUGUUCCACACACACAUAGUGAUGUUAGACAAAAACAACUGGAAUGCGUUUUGCAAAUUUUGCACAGUUCUGGUGAGAUUUUGUCUCAUGGUUGGCCUCUAGUCUUGGGAAUCAUUGGUGCUGUCAACGAUCAGCAAGGGGAAGUCUUGAUCAGACUAGCAUUCCAGUGCCUGCAGCUGGUAAUUACUGACUUUCUACCAGUAAUGCCGUGGCGUUGUUUGCCGCUCUGUGUCGAUACGGCCGUCAAAUUCGGCUUCCAGAUGCAAGAGCUUAACAUUUCCCUAACAGCUGUCGGAUUGAUGUGGAACAUUUCUGAUUACUUUUAUCAGAAUCAAGACAAGCUCUCCAACUCUCUGAACGGUGAGGAGGCUAUUUUCCCCGACUUUCCCGGAACACCAAACAUGCCUCCCUUCGACAAACUGUGGAUGUGCCUCUAUGCAAGACUAGGUGAUCUCUGCGUCGACACUCGGCCGUCGGUCAGAAAAUCAGCAGGGCAGACUCUUUUCUCAACUCUCAGUGCCCACGGCGUCCUCUUGAGACAGCCGACCUUACACGCUGUUCUCUGGCAAGUGCUGUUUCCCUUGCUUGAUAAGGUUCGAAGUCUGUCCAGCUCAGCCAGCAGUGAAAAAGUGGACCCUGGUGGCAAUAUUUUGAUACACCACACGAGAAACACUGCUCAAAAGCAGUGGGCAGAAACUCAAGUGAUGACACUUUCGAACGUUGUUAGGGUUUUUAAUUCCAAACGGCAGCUUUUGCAAUCAGCUGGUGAUUUUUCCGACGCCUGGUCACUUUUACUAGGAUUUGUGGAGUAUUCGUCGUUGAAUAAAAAUAAUGAGGUUUCCCUCUCGGGUUUGAAGUGUCUUCAAGAAAUGUUGUACCAAGGCAAAGGCCUGGACGACACUGCAGCUGAAGAUCCACCAACCCAGUGGGGUCCUUUGUGGGCCGCAGCCUGGACGACCUGGCUCCGAAUCGGUGAGGAAAGCACUGUCCCACCUUCCGAAAAUGAAGAGGAGGUCUACGUACCCACCCAGGCAUUCCUGGCAGCCCUGGUGCAAACUUUGCCGGCCCUUUUGCCACACGCUGGGCUUGAAUCGCGGCAACAGGGUCAGUUGGCCCGGCUGCUGAAGGUCCUGCACCAGGCCGUGGCUGUGCCCUCGCAAGAGUAUCCACCUUUUCAAAUGCUGGCCAACGAUUCGGCAUUGUCGCCAUUGCAGGACGCGGUCAUCAGCACCCUCGUCACUCUGCAAAAUGAGGCGUUGAUUGACAAGGAGCACAUGGAGAACAUGCUGCCAGAAAUUUUUGAGCAGUUGCUGGCGUUUGUCAAAUUUUCCUGUGUUGCUCCACAAUAUGGAAAUUUGCAGCUCAAAUCAAACUGUCAAAUGGGACAUAUCCAUGGUGCUAAUUUUCAGCCUGAAUGGGGUGCAGUGAAUUACGUGCCCUUUGGUGAGAAGUGUUUGAGUAUGGCAGUGAAGCUUUUCCUGAAAACCGCCGAGGAGGAGACGAUAAUAAAAAACCAGAUCCUUCAAAAAAUUCUAGAGUCCCUGAGGGUGCCUUUGUCAAUGAAGUAUUCUUGCCCUUCGCAAACCACUUGGAAGGCAGCAAUCACCAAACUCCUCGGAGUCCUUCAUGUCGGUCUGCCCAUUGCAAGGAGAAGGAGCGAACACCACAAAUCCAUGUGGCCCGUGUUGGCAGACACACUUGACUUAUUCCUCUUUCCUAAAGGUGCACCUCCGCCGAGCAGAGGAUUGGAGGAAAUUGAAACGGACGAGGCAGUCGACUGCCAAGUGAUAGAGCAGCUUCGAGAUGAGGUGCUUCCUCAUGCCCAUUCCAUUCCUAAAGAGUUCAUCCUUAAAGUGGUUGUGCUCUUGAACAAAGGCUCCAUACACUCGGCAACACAUACCUCAUCAACAGACUAUGAUUGUGAGAGAAAGCUGCGAGAGGAGUUUGCCAAAAUUUGCUUUGAGACGCUUCUGCAGUUUUCAUUGUUGGACAACAAUGACCUGGGCACCAAAGAGGAAGGUGUGGCAGGUCGACUGGCAGUUACGGCUUUACUGCUUCGCUUCCAGGAUGUGCUCAAGCAGUACGUCGAAGAGGAACGGAGUUCAGGACAGUGUCCAUUGCCUCGUUACAGAUUGGCUGAAGUUUCGUUUGUGCUAAAAGCUGUUGCCACAUUGGUCAUGUCCCUCAAAAAAGCACCUCCGGGGAAAGUGGACAAAAGCGCCUGGGAGCAUCUUAUCGGGCUGUACCCCUACUUGGUCAACUGUACAUCCGCAUCGUCCUCGCCGAGCGUACUUUUGUCUCUGCGCGAGGCCCUCCUGCAAUUCACCGACCUCAUCCAGCCUCCAUCAAUGCACUGAACUUCGGCAAUUUAAGUGUAAAAGUCACCACACAAUUGUUUUUUGUGAUCGACCAUAAUCGUUGCAGAAUUUAUUUGUAAGAACAAGUGAUGGAUUUAAAAACAAAAUAACUCUAUCGCUAAAUUCCACUUUUCUAGCUUUAAAAAAAAAUGUGCGAUACUUAUUUUUCUGUUGAACUCUUUAAGCGCCUGCAAUUGUUUUAAAUGUGCGAGAAGUAUUUGUUAAAUUUCUUUUUUAAAUGUUUUGCCUCAUUAUUUGUUUUGCAUCUGCCAAAUAAAUAUUUAGAAACAAGUUUUCUAUCACGUCAUUACAAUUAAAAGAUUGUUUUAAACG